AGUCAGUAGCACAAAAUAUUCUGGCCUGGUAGAGUGCCAGGUACGGACGUGUUGCGGUUGGCGCUUAACGUUGAGACGACUAUUUGAGUCAUACGAUCAGCUGACAUCCAUCUUCAAAGCGUAACGCAAAAUAUUCGUAUUAGAAACCAAUGUCCUACACAUCCUCUACAAUUUAACAGUGUUUCAUUUCAAGUAACCAAAUCGUAGAAUAAAUACAUUUUAGGUGUGAUUUUAAUAAGGUUUAGCAGACCGUUUUAAUUAUAGCGGUAUAAUGGACCUUCUGUGUUGCGAAACUGAAUGUGAAUGUCGCGCGUAUCCUGAUCCUGUUUUAUUGAACGAUGAACGCGUCUUACAGAACUUGCUGGACAGGGAAGAGAGAUAUUGCCCCUCCAGUUCGUAUUUCGAGUGUGUUCAGAAAGACCUAACUCCACAAAUGAGAAGAAUAGUUGCAGAAUGGAUGAUGGAGGUGUGCGAGGAACAGAAGUGCCAAGAGGAAGUGUUCCCUCUCGCAAUGAACUACGUAGACAGGUUCCUCAGUGUGUGUCCCAUCAGGAAAAGUCAACUCCAGUUGCUGGGAACUGCGUGUCUUUUUCUCAGUUCGAAGCUGAGACAAUCCCUUCCCCUGUCUGCCGAAAACCUAGUCUUCUAUACCGACAACAGCAUCUCUGUGGAUGACCUAUGGAGGUGGGAGCUGUUGGUUCUGUCAAAGUUGAAGUGGGACGUUGCUGCUGUUACACCCCAGGACUUCCUCCAGCACAUUUUGGUGAGACUCCCAAUCGACCGAAAUACGUGGGACGCACACAUGAUACACAGACACGCCCAGACGUUCAUCGCGCUCUCGACCAGGGAUUAUUCAUUCUCCAUGUAUACGCCAAGUAUAAUCGCUGCUGCGAGUAUAGCUGCAGCUCUUGAUGGCUUGGAAUGGACUGUGAAGAGCGGGUGUUCACUCAACCAGCUGCUGGACAGACUGCAUAUGAUCACAGCCAUAGAGAGGGAGUACCUACAAGGAUGUCUGCACCUACUGGAAGAUAUGGUAACAGGUACCAUGAACAGUCUAGAAGCUGGCUGCAAUGGAGGUUCUUCGGGAAACGGGGGAAGCACUAUAAAUAGUAGCACGGGGAUUAAUUCUAGAUCAAAUUUGGAUCACUCAUCACCACUGUCUGGAGGAACAGAGAAGAUUAUGGAGCAUGGGAAAGCUGGAACACCAACAGAUGUGCGGGAUGUUCAUUUCUGAUGAAGACUUUGUGACAAAUUCUGGUCAUGAAGAUAUCUGCAGAAGAGCAUCACAUCAAGACAGCACAAGAUGGAAGCCACUGGUCCUUUCAUUCUAUUUCUACCUACAAAAGUACUGUUGACAGUGAAAUAGCGUUCAAGUGUUACAAGGAGAACUACGAAUGUAUGUGUGUAUGUGUGUAUCUAUGUAUGUGUGUGUUUAUGUAUUUAACAGGAUUUUCCAAAGAUACCAACAUUCAAUGCGUUACAGUCCUUUUUUUCUACAAAGGUGCGGGUAUGUAGUUGUGACCGCGGAGGGUUGCAAUGGGGAGUUCCAUCUACGUGUAGAAAGGAAGCAAAAAAGUUAUCCUUAUUUCACCUUUGGCUAUUCUCGUUUGAGUUUACAAACGAGUAGGGUGCUAGUAGAUUGUACUAUUGCAUACCAGUACAUGAAAACCCUGACAGAAGGAGCAUUAUACAAAUAAAACAUGUUCAAAUAAAUUUAAUAUCAAGAACAAGAGUAAAUAUUAAGGUACAAAGGCAACGCAGCUUCCUUACUGCAUAAAUGGCAAGAUUACAAUAUGACUGAAGGAGGUUCUCUGUAUUUGGAAGUAUGAUUAUGACAAAUGAAGUGUUGUUUAGGACCUAGUGUGAUACUGUGACUCAAUUCCACGAAGCUAACUGUAACUACACUUCGAGAACAUGGAAUAAUGAGAGCCUCACUUCGCAAGGGGAAGGCAAUUAAAUACGCUUCUUUAAAAAUAUACUAAUAUCAAUUAUUUAGUUAUAUGAAAAAUAAUAAAAAUGCUUUAGUCACUGAGUCAUUUUUGUACAUACGAUCUGAUUAUGGUUACUAUUAAUCGUAAGUGUAAAAAGUUAUAAAUAUACAAACUUUAUAAUUUUUAUAUGGGUUCCUAAGUAGUAUAACAGACACCAUUUCAAACUGUAUUGCUCUGUCUAUGUAUGUGAUUCUGUCAAAUGCUUGAAUGCUGGUUUUAACCCCUUUAAUGCCAAGUUUAGUUUUUAUAAGUUAGCGCUCCAAGCUGUGUCUUUGCAGCAUGGUACAACAUAUUGACCCAAUGUUUAGGAAUAUGAUCAAUAUUUUUGCUUAAAAUUUCUUAAAAAUUCAUGGAAUACAACACUGUAGGCUGUGUGACAUAAUACUGUUUUAUACAGUAAAUAAAUUUGUGAAACUUAUAAGUUACAAAUGCAGAGAAACGGUGUCAGAAGAUGACAAAUUUUCAUUCAGGAAAGAUGAACAAUUUUUCAAAUACUGACCGGCAAAAAUUUGCAUUGUGGCCUGUGUUUGUUCAUUAGGCCAGACUGUGGCUGUGAAAUGGUUUAAGUGGCACUGGUAAUAGCAAUAAUAAUACAACUCUACAAUUACCGAAUCUUUAGGGCUUCAUGGUUUACCUUGUCCACAUAAUAUAAUUAACACUGUUUUGAUAUCAGGUGACUUGCAUAGUAGCAAAGUAAUGUCUUUUUUCUGUAAUAGCAAAGGGUUAAACACUAUUCCAAGUAUUCAAGACAGACCAACUUACAUUUAGACAGAAGUGAGGGACAAAAUAAAUCAUGAAUUAUAUAAUUGCCUGGGCUUGUUUUUUCACACACAUACAAGCCAAAUUUUUUCAAUUUUACUACAGUGAUGCAUUUUACUUAAAGACUGUUAAAGAAGGUUUAUUCCCUUCUUACUGAAAACAAAAUAUGCACUGAUGUCAAUGAAAUGUUACUAUUUAUCUUAGUCUUCCACUUAUAUUGUUCAUUAAUAAUAGUUAUUGCAAAAUGUAGUUAACUGUACUUAACACUGGGCUAUUGUUUUAUCAAAUAAUUUAGCCAUUUAGUCAUUACACUACUCAUAAAAUUACUUACGAAAUAAAUUAUGUAAAAUAAUAUGUUAAUUUGGGAGAAUUAUAGAAGGUAUAAUUGUGUUUUAUAUAUAUAUAUAAAAUGAAAGAAAAUGUACCAAAAUUGAUUGUUUAUGUGUAUGAUAUAGAUUGAUGUUUAAAUGUGUGAAUGAUGAUUGUAAGACCAAAAGGUACACAUUCCAAAAUUUGUCACAACACUUUUAUAUGUGAUUGUUUCCAAUUAGCAAAAGAGAAAACAGCGAACUUUUACUGAAGCCGACUAAUGUGUCUGGAUCAAUGAAAAUAUCAUAAAUGAAUGGAUAAUGCAAUAUAUCAUUUAGAUUAUACUAGCAGUGAUGCCUUUGGUCCUGUGCACAUCUAAUUGUUUAGAUUUCUUGACGAAUAUAAUUGUCACUUUUACAAUAAUGUAACAAUGUCUAAUUUUACCAGCAAGUUUGUCUUACAGUACCACAUUCGCUUGUGUAGUAUAACCUAUGUUUGUCAGUAUGGUGAUCAGGUACUGUAGAAGACUAAGCUAAACUGUUAUUUUUAGAAAUCCAAAUAAGAAUGUAAUUUAAAAAUUAUUUCAGAAAACAAAAUUACUAAUGUAUUCCUAAGGGAAAUUACAUUUCACAAAUGCCCAGAAGCUGGGAGCAUCAGUAGAGAGCAAAUGUGGAACAACCAGCAUGCAAGGCCAAGGUCGUAACUUGUAAUAAUACCAGUUCUUGUGUAUGUGGGGUCAGAUAUAUGAAUACAAAGGAAACAAGCCUCUUAUAUUCUGUACAGAUUUCUAAUUUAUUACAUUGAAGAGCAAUUUAUGAUCAUCUUACUGCUACAGAUUACAGAAACCAUCAAGACUGGAACACAUCUGAGCCCAGGGUAAUGGGCGGAAAGCGUCCAGAAAAGAAACAUUUUGCACUGUUGUGUCAUCUGUUCCACAUAUAUUAAUUGCAUGCGGCUGAAAACUUGACUUUUGAGUACUGGCAAGAUCAGAUCACGGCAAGCUGGCAGAAUGUACUUCACCCUAUCAGUUUACUGGUCAUCAAAUGAUUUAAAUGACUGUUGGAUAUUUUUAAAUUGGCUUUACGAUGGACAGUGACUCUUGAAUAUUACAGCAAUUUGAUCAAAACUGUAUUAAACACAGUAUAUCUUUAUAAAAGUUAAAAUGUCAUGAAUUUGAAUGACAUGUUUGGCUGAGAAUGUGUCGAGAAGACAGGCUGUACUGAAUGGCUCUUAAAUAUCGCAUAUGGGGAAAAUUUAAAUAAGGAAAGCUGAAUGUACCUUAACAUGUGUGAUUGGGGAAAGGUGUGAAGAAUCUUGUGAUUUAUGACUCAAUUUGACUCAGAUGUAAUAUGAAAUAAGUUUUUAAAAAUGUUAUGAAAUAUGUUACAUAUAUUGAAUUUGUUUUCUAUGUAAUUGCUAAGAGUACUAUGCAGAACACAUGUAUCUGCACACGAUGAACAAAUGCUGCCAAUUUCUCAGUGAUGCCUAUUCUUUUCAACAACAACUUACAUCAGUUAUGAUGUCACAACAAACAAUGCAUGUUCCAAUACCCCCACAACAGAACUCAGUGUAACAUUUUCAGAUAUACCUCAAUGCUCUGAUAAUCCAUCAUAUCAAUGAUGGAUACAAGUCUUUCCUACAGAUUUUGUACAUUACUUUACAUAUAUUAUAUACAGAUAUAAAAAUUGCAUGGUAGUAUGAAAAAAUUAUACUUUACUGCAAUUUCAUUGAAGAGAUAUGUAGUUAUAAAAAGAGAAUAAAGAAUGAAUUUUUUAAA